AUGGCCGCCGUUCGCUCGGGACUCAUCGACAUUUUUGUGAAGGGACAAUGGCAUCGCGUGCUCGCAACUCUCGAUCCAACUGCCAUCACACUUCAGGUACUUUUUUUCAAAAUAUUGAAAAGAAAAAUGCAAAAUUGGAAUGCAUAUUGCCUCUGGAAGAAUGAACUUCGAAGAACUCUCUGUGUGUUCUCUUCUUUAUGGAAAUGCAAGAGUAUUCUAGAGUUCUGCAAAACACUCUAAAUUCGAAGAACAACGUCUAAAGCGACGUCUUGCAACCCGAAGUCAUCCUAAUGAGCUCUGCCGUCUUCUCAAUUCUCCUGGCUCUGCGAUUAGCUUUACUACUUCUGCAACUAACCAAAAACCAUCCUGGGAGGAAAAUAAGAGAAAAUGAAGAAUAGUCUUGCCUUCACCACGCUCGGCUCAUUUUUCAAAUCGUAGAAGCUCUGAGAGACAACUUAUUAGUCAUCCAAUUGUGCGGAGCUGUCAGAAUGCAAAUAAGACAACUCAAGAAAGAAAUGUGGGAUAGAUGUUCAAGAUCUUCAAGUGAAAAUCUCCGACAACAAAUUUUGUAUCGGGUACAAUAUUUCAUGCCGCCUCUUUUCCCUUUUUUCUCCUCAUCAUUAGUCCCUUUCCGCUGGAUGUGCUUCUUCUUCUGUAUUGCGUAUAUUUGGCAUCGUGUGACCAUGUCAACGAUUUCCGAAGACGUUGAAGCGAAAUAUGAGAAAACCCCGCUGCUCAUCAAAAAAGAAGACGUCCGCGUUGCGACGAAUCCAAAAGUGUCAUCUUCUGUGUCGAGCAUCGCGCCGACUUUUGCCAAUUUGGUACGACGUUUUGUGGGGUGGGCACCCGUCAGUCCGAUUCUAUUACCAUGUGGAAGAGUGAAAUUGAGACGGGCGGCCGAGAGAGUGAUUUAUGUAAAUACGUCUGACAAGAGUAAUGGGAAUCUUGGGUUCAGAGAUCAGAGAAGAAAACGACGGAAAAUACCAAUUUCAGACCAUGGAGCAAAAUGAGGUGGAGUCUGAAAAACGGACGGUGCGAGUGGUGAAGUACGAUGGAAACGGAUUGGGCAUUUCGAUAAAGGGCGGAAGGGACAGCAACCUGCCGAUUAUCAUCAGGUAACUGAAAAUUCAUCACCUUACGUCCCUUUUCAACCGAACGAACACGUACUUUCAGUAAAAUAUUCAAAGGAAUGGCAGCGGAUCAGACGGGCGAACUGUUUCUCGACGACGUCAUCGUCUCAGUAAACGGAGAAAGUCUUCUGGAUGCCUCGCACGACGAAGCCGUUCGAGCACUUAAAAGAGCUGGGAGAGUGGUCGAUUUACAAGUUCAGUACAGGCGAGACGAUAUGUUGCAUAGGGAGAAUAUUGUGGAACACAUCGAAUGGGACGAUGACGUUCGUGAACGAGUCAGGACGAUCGGACUGAAGCUGGCGUACGUGGCACGAGCAGGGAUAGACGCGGACGCGGAGAGUCGGAUACUAGAGAUGAGGAGUCCGUCUGGAAGGUAUUCCCUGGCGAUGCGGUGCUCGAGCAGCGAGGAAGCCGACGGAUGGUUCGAGGCCCUCCACGCAUGCACCACGUGUCUUCUGACUCAGGCACUCGCCCAGGUCAACAUUAUGCUCGGCAACAACCCGCAAGUGAGGCACAUGGGCUGGGUGGCCGAGCAAGUAUCAGAGAACGGAAUCUCGAUGUGGAAGCCCAAGUUCAUGACUCUCACGAACAGCGAGAUCCUUUUCUACGAAGCGGUUCCGCAGCUGAAAGCGGAGUGGGCGGAGCCUCGAUUGGUCCGCCCGUUGGUGGCCACGCGAGUGGUUCAGACGAGCUCGCGGAGUGCGCCCGUCAUCAAAGGACUCACCGACGUGAUAUCGUUCCGAAUGCGAACGGGCACUCAGCAGGGCGUCAGGACGCACACGAUUCGUGUCGAGACCCACGCGGAACUGGCGAGAUGGGUGCGGGCAGUGGUCAUCGGCGGAUACGAAGCAUGUCUUGCCACGUCACAAGUCUCGGCGCCCUGCCUUUGGCGCGGCGAAUCUUGCGAACUAAUCGUCAAUUUGGACAACGGGAUUUCGCUGCUCUCUUCUUCGGGAGAAGUGAGCAAAGUCAAAGAAAUCGAACAGUUUCUAAAUUCAGGUACUGUGGCAACAUUCGUUCGAAACGAUUCGAGCCACCGGCGAUGAUGGCGGCCGUUUUCUAUGGAUUGAUUUCGGACCUCCACACGGCGAACAGGUAAAUGAGUUUUAUUAUGGGGAAAAAGAAAGAGGAGGGAAAACAAUAAACAAGUAACAAAAUGGAGUGAAAUAAGAAAUUAAAAUGAACUUCGAUGCAGGAAUUGGAUCUUCUGAACUCGGCAAAGCCUGUCGUCUUCAUUUUGCACUCAUUCCUCGCCACCAAAGUGUAUCGAUUGGGAUUGUAUGCGUGA